CCCAUCAGGGUCACCGGGACACAUUCCUCCACACUGGCAUACACUCUUCUGGCAGCUAAAUCUAUUUGACAUUUAGCCCCUGCUGAUUUUUGUGUGGUGGUCUAUACGGUGUGUGUGUGUGUGUGUGCGUGUGCGUGCCCAUUUGACAGGCCGUCCAGAGUUGUCCAGCCUCCUUUUCCUUCUUUUUUCGGUUGCACUCCCUUGCAGUUGCACGGAUCGUAUUACAUGCUUGCUCUCCCCGCACCGCUGAGCCCACUGCCUCUGCACCAAUCACAGCCCGCCUUUACCUACGCGCACAUGCAUGCACGGACGACGCAGACACAGACAGACCCUGACACACACACACACACACACAGAGAGAGACAUACACACACGCGCGUACAGGCAAACGCAUUGUCAUGAUCCAUCGCUCCGGUUCUCUCGCAGCUUUCCACAUGCGUCCCCGCACCAGCUCCGCGUAGCGCAGGCUGCGCCAAGGUGGGCAUGGUCGUUCGGAUACCCGGUGGACGGCUCAGCGCCUGACUGGCUCAGAGUCACGGAGAGAGAGAGAGAGAGAGACAGAGAGACAGAGAGAGAAAGAGAGAGAGAGAGGGAGAGGGAGAGAGACCACCGCUCCUCUCGAACAACCCAUCUUCCAUUCGCCUGGGAGAGACCGCAGCGCGAGCCGUUCGUUUCGGCAUCUUUCUUUUUCUCACCCCUCCUCCUCCUCCUCCUCCUCCUCCAUCUGUCCUCGCUGCAUCCCCCUCGGUCCGCCAGGGAGAAAAACAGGAGAGCCCCGUCGCGAUUUUGUGGAAAUACGUCUUUUUUUGUGCUCUUUCUUUCUCCCUGCUGGGUGCUGGUAGCGCGCAGUCGGUGCGCGCCUCUGCAAAUUCCGGUGAAUGGUGGAUUUGGCGAACAUGGAGACCGUGGAGAAGGAAUGCGGGGCCCUCGGGGGUCUGUUCCAGGCGAUUGUCAACGACAUGAAGUGCUCCUAUCCUGUGUGGGAGGACUUCAGCGCCAAGGCCACCAAGCUGCAUUCCCAGCUCCGAACCACUGUUCUGGCUGCUGUGGCCUUCCUGGAUGCCUUUCAGAAGGUGGCAGACAUGGCUACCAACACCAGAGGGGCAACCAGAGAUAUUGGUUCAGCUCUGACCAGGAUGUGCAUGAGGCAUCGCAGCAUCGAGGCCAAACUUCGCCAGUUCACCAACGCCUUGAUGGAGAGCCUGGUAACACCUCUGCAGGACAAGAUCGAGGACUGGAAGAAGACAGCCAACCAGCUGGACAAGGAUCACGCUAAAGAGUACAAGAGGUCACGCCACGAGAUCAAGAAGAAGUCGUCUGACACCAUGAAGCUACAGAAGAAGGCUCGUAAAGAGCUCCAGGGGCGAGGGGACCUGCAGCCUCAGCUGGACAGUGCCAUGCAGGAUGUCACCGACAUGUGCCUGUUGAUGGAGGAGAUGGAGAAGCAGGCGGUGCGCCGUGCCCUGGUGGAGGAGAGGGGUCGCUUCUGCACCUUCAUCGGCUUCCUUCAGCCAGUCGUGAAUGGAGAGAUCGCCAUGCUGGGCGAGAUCACUCACCUCCAGGCCAUCAUUGAUGACCUCACUGUGCUGACAACAGAUCCUCACAAACUGCCCCCUGCUAGUGAACAGGUGAUCAAGGAUCUGAAGGGGUCCGAUUACAGCUGGUCCUAUCAGACCCCUCCCUCAUCUCCGAGCAGCUCUGGCUCGCGCAAGAGCAGCAUGUGCAGCAGUGUCAACAGCGCCCACAGUAGUGCCUCCCGUUCGUCAGGCGGAGGCGGUAGUGGAGGUAUAUGUGGUGGUGGCGGUGGCGGUGGAGGGUCCCAACCGCACUCACCCACCUCCUCCUCCUCCUCCUCCUAUCGGUACCGCGGCAGCCUGCCACACCAGCCUCCACCGCCGGGGGGCAUCGCGGCGCACCGCCUCAGCAGCGUCUCCUCCCACGAUUCGGGCUUCGUGUCCCAGGAUGCUAACAUCUACUCCAAGCCCCCCUCGCCCAUGCCCUCGGACAUCACUAGCCAGAAGUCGUCCAGCUCAGCAUCGUCAGAGGCCUCCGAAACCUGCCAGUCGGUCAGUGAAUGCAGCUCCCCCACCACCUUUGGCUCGUCCUUCGCUACCUUCCGCCCCGCUCUCUCUCACUCUGGCUCCACCAGGCCCCUCUCUGUCAUUCUUCCCGUUCCUGCGUCCCCACCCUAUAACCGCCCCCCCGGGUCCAGCUCCUCCUCUCCCACAUCCAAGGUCCCUAUCUGGAAGGAUUGGUCCAAAGCAGGUCAGUAUGAGCAGCCGGUGGCUGCGGCAGCGGUCCAGAGGAGAAAGGAGCCCCUCGACAGGCUGAGGGAGAGCGAGGCGUCGCCGGGCUCCCAGGGCUACGCCGGGCCGUCGCACCCCGAUGACGGGCAGAGAGCCAGGAUGAACCCGGCCACCAUCGCUGCCAAGCACGGAGACGAGGUGUCCCCGGCGGCCAGUGACCUGGCCAUGGUGCUGACCAGAGGACUGAGUAUGGAGCAGCAGAAGAGCAGCAGAGACUCCCUGCAGUACUCCAGUGGGUACAGCACCGAGACCACCACCCCAUCCUGCUCGGAGGACACGAUCCCCUCCCAAGGUUCAGACUAUGACUGCUACUCAGUGAACGGUGACGCUGAGGGUCCCGAUGGUCAGACGGAGUUCGACAAGUCCUCCACCAUUCCUCGCCACUCUAACAUCGCCCAGAACUACCGGCGCAUGAUCCAGACCAAGAGGCCAGCCAGCACGGCCGGCCUGCCCAGUGGGGCUCUUGGUCCCGGUGCCCAUGGGAUACCAGGACAUCCUGGCGGGGCUGGUGGAGGCGGAGCAGGGACUCCGGGCACUGCCACCAUCCGGCGAACGCCAUCGACCAAACCGGGUGUGAGGCGCACGCUGUCGAGUGCAGGUCCAAUCCCCAUCAGACCACCCAUCGUGCCUGUGAAGACACCCACUGUUCCCGGAGACUCACAUUCACCCGGGGCGGGUGGCGGCUACGCAGGCGGAGGACAUGCGGGCGGCGUGCCGGUGCGCGUGGGCAGCGAGGAGUGCGUGUUUUUCGCCGGGGUUGAGGAUGCACAGGGUGCGCUUGAUUACGUGAAGGCCUCCCCCAAGCGCCUCAGCCUGCCUAACACGGCCUGGGGGUCAGGGGCGGCAUUAGAGGUCUACACCCAGCAGCAUGGGGGCCUUGGGAUGGGUUCAGGGUCGGGAACAGAGGAGGAGCAGAUGAUCGCGGCCAAUCGGCACAGCCUAGUGGAGAAGAUUGGCGAGUUGGUCGCCAGCGCACACGCCCUCGGGGAGGGGCAGUUCCCUUUCCCCGCCCUCCCCGACGACCCGGCCCCGCCCCCAGCCGGCUCCACCGAGGCCCAGACGGGGACAGAGGACGCAGAGGGGUCCGGUGAUAUGCUGACCACCAUCAGGAGAGGAGUCCGCCUCCGCAAGACCGUGUCCAACGAUCGCUCGGCUCCGCGCAUCUUGUGAUUGGAGGAGAAGAGGGAAGAAGAGGACGCUCGUCAGCCAAUAGGGAGUCAGGUGUUGGUGUGGUGCAACCCAACCGCCUAGUACAUACACAAACGACUUAACCAUGUAGGGAAAGCAUUAAUAUAUAAGAAUACGAAUGGAAACGAAAACAUUCUCAAAAAAAUACAUUUAAAAAACACAAUUAGAGUAAAUGAUAUAUAAUAUUACGAUGGCGAUAAAAUUGAUAAUAUUAACCCACUCUGACGAUUAAACGUUAAAUACUGAAUAUUGACAGGCUCCUUAGACGGCCACUAUACCUAGUGUGUGUUGGACGCAUGUUUGUCUUCUCUACACCCUCACCCAGGGACGGAAACGCUCGCAAGGAAGGACAGGCGCGAUUCGAAAGAGAUGCAAAGAAAGAGCGAAGGACUGGGUUCCGUUCCGUCUGCCGAACCUACACUAUUCCCCGCCCUGUUCUCUCCAACUAGCCCGACCAUCCCAUCCCAGGGGAAAAGACUGAUGACUGGAGGAGGGGCCAAGAGGGAGAAGGAGUGGGAGGGGGAGGGGGAGGGAGGGGCUCCAGCGUUCCAUAGAUUUGGGCCUUGGCUGUCUCGGCGACAACACACUGUACUUAAUAGCCCACUGAACUGAAGUUUAGGUCUUAGCACGGGGAGCUAACAGGCCAGAGGGCUCCUCUGGUUCAUCCUAAUGUUAAAAAAAAAAAUACUGUUGGCAUUGAACCGUGCUAGUGCCCGCUUCCCCUCUCGCUCCCUCUCUCUCUCUCUCUGUAUAGUGCGUGUGCAUUCAUGUGUGUGUAUGUGGGCAAAUGUGGAAAUUGAGUGUGUGCACGUGAACGAAUGUGUGUGUGUGUGUGUGUGUGUGUGUGUGUGUGUGUGCGAGGGGGGUGGGUAGAGCUCUGCUGCAGGACAGCUGGUUACCCCACGAGGGCAGGGCUUUUUCUCCUGUGUGUUGUGCGUGUAACUUUUCUUGUUUAUAUAUCGUGACGUCCUUUUACCUUGUUGCCACUGUACGAGACGUUGGGAGAGGCGAUCCAGGCGUAUAGAUAUAUUCAUAUAUAUUUUCUAGAACCAGAGAGAAGAAAAAUUGUUAAAUCAGAAAUGGAGCAAUAAAUGUGUUUUAUUUUCUUGUUUCGAAAGAAAAACAAACAAAAAACGAGAGGAGAGGAAGAAGGGGAUCGGUGGGAGCGUUUUGCGAAAUUCUCCUCCGUCCCAUUCAGGCAAUCAUCAGGAAUGCUAUAUUACACAUCAACUGUGAAUUCAUGCCAAGCCAGUUUUGGCGUUUUUUUUUCUUUUCUUGUUCUUUUUUUUCCCUCUCUCUCUCUCUCUGUCCCUGUCUCUGUUCGAGGGGGAGAAAACUGAAUACAAAAAUGUUGAACAAAAAAAAAAAAAGGACAACUGUAAGCACUUUGAUACAGUGGGUGGUAGUGUAGAGUAUGUACAAUAGCCACUAGGUGUCGCUGUAGUCAUACUGUCUGAUAGGGGGAGUGAAAGUGAGAGGCAGAAGGUUGCCAGGAAGAACUGUGACCUGAGGAAAUGAUCGAAGGAGAUUAUUUGAGAAGAGGAAGAGGAGGACAGGGAGGGAAAAAGAGGAAGUGAAGAAGACUGAGUGGAAAUUGGAGUGAUGGGUCAAAUGAGAGAGGGGAUAAGAAAGUCGAAAACAGUUUGGACUUCGGCGCCUGUCGUGGACUUUUCAAUAGCGCUGAACGUUUUGGCGGUGUGGUUGCUGCCGUAUCUGAAGGACUGAAAACAUAAUUCAAAAAGCAAUGAGCUCCAUUGCAGACUGAUAGGUCAGGCUACCCUUUUGGAAAAUAGGCUUUUGUGCUCAGCCAGAUUACAGACAGACAUAUGUUCUCGAAGGAGAACAUAUUCCGCCAAACAGUUCCGGUUCAAUUUUGUCCAGGUAUCUGACGAUAGAACCCGACAUGCAUUGUCACAUAUAGAUUGUUAUUUCCAAAUUUGGAAUAAAAAAAAAUUAAAAAAAUAGCCUUUUACAAAAUAGUCUUCUCUCACGUUUACUGUAUGUUUAAAUACAUAUCAGGCCCUUUUUCUGCAUAUACCUACUGUAUAAACACUGUAUAUCUGUGCAUAUGUGGAAAAGCAAAGUUAAGCCUUUUGAACAGCAGCCACGACCACCACCACCCCCCCCAGAUUCGCCCCCGUCAAAACCUCCUGCCUGCGUAAAGUCUUACACGACGUCGCGAUUUUCCCGAGCCCAUGUCGAGGACAGGGCUCCUCUGGAGUUCCCAGCACUAACUAGCAGGGGUUGUAUGGCCUACCAGGCCAUACAACCCCCCCCCAGUACGGUUCGGCUCAGUCCAGCGCAGGCAACCCGGUUUUCGGCCCAGGGCGCACGGCUUUGCGAAGGAAGGAAGAAUCGCGAUGCUGAAUGGUUUGAAUUAGACGUUUUUUUUGGAAGUUGGCGGGGAGAGAAGAAGAUGUGCGGGAUGAGCAUGUCACUGCCUGUUCAUACAGGGUGUUCUGUAUUCGCUGAUGCUCGCAACCGGGAAUCGGGCGCACAGAUCUGGUGGAAGGGGUUUGUGGGGAUACAUCAUAACGUUUUUUUUAUGUGCUUUCUUCUUCUUUUUUCACCCUGCAGUGGGCUACUGUUUGAAUAUUAAGUCUUACUUUCGAACGAUGUACAAAGAAGAAGAAAGAAGAAGCCCAGCUGCAACACAAGCCACCUAGCUGUGUAACACAAGGGCGCGCCUUCAGCAGCGACGCAAACAUAGACGGGGACAUCGGCUCUCUAACGUGCUCGUUUUUGUCCACUUAUUUAUUUUCUUCUUUCUCUUUUUUUUUUUUGCUAAUUAGAGCACUGUUUUAGACGCGCGCGCGUGUGUGUGUGUGUGUGUGUGUGUGUGUGUGUGUGUGUGUGUGUGUGUGUGGCUGUUUGAAAGAAAAAUAAUGAGGAUGAUUUCAUUUAAAGAGACAGGAGGAUGUUUGCAAGUUUCAAACAUUGUUACCCUCUGCAAGCACUUUUUUUUAUGUUGAAAGCAGUGCUUCAGCAAGGAGAUGUGUUAUUGUUUUUGUUGGGGGGGGGCUGGUGGGGGCUACUGUAUGUGUCCCGUAACAUGCGGAUGCUGUGUAUAGUGUCAGGUUAAUCUGACUGGGUGAGAGCAAGAGGGCUCGGUCCCCCCCCCCCUCCCACCCACAGCCCGUCAAAAAGAAAAGAAAUGUUCAUCUGAAGCGUUUGUAUUAGACCCGCUGUCGACGUCACACUGUACACUGAAUACACGAGCACGAGCACAAACGAGCCGGAGGGCGACCGAACCGCACGCGCGCCUGAGACCAGGUCUGAAUGAGUUUGUUCUCGUACAACUGAAUGGCGUGCCCCGUCUCCGCCAGCGGGGGGAGCAAUACGGGGACGGUGCUGCUCUAGUGUUGGUCGUGCUGAAGGAAAAUACCACUGUUCUGUCCCCCUCGGCAGAGCCGGUCUGAAGGCCGUCCCAUGUUGCAUGCAUCCAAAGGUACGAUUCGGAGUUUUGAAAGGGUUUCGCCCAAGGACGCUGCUGGAGCCGACUCCACUAUAGCCUGAAUGUGUGUGUGUGUGUGUGUGUGUGCCGCAUGUAUAUUAAUACUACAGCGCAAACGUGACACAACUGAACUCACUGCCAGUCAUCUACGCUCAUUUCAUGCUUGAGAGGGCUUCUAACGCCCUGCAGAACAGACACGCUGCUCAAAUUCCAAAUGACGGACACUAACUCAGGACAAGGUUUCUUAAAAAAAAAAAAAGGAAUACGGAGGGGUCGGGACGAGUCCGAUCGAAGCUGCGCACUGCAAAAGGGAGGACUGGCUGCAGGAGGAGUGUGAGGGGGAGACGAAGAUGCAACACUGCCUUUUUCCUUUAAUUUGCCCCAACUGACGGCACAAAAGGUAUCUCGACUGAACGAUAACGUCGUCUUCUUCUUUCGCUAACAUGCUGGAUUAACUGCGUGCUGAACUAACCGUCUGAACAAGCUAUACAUAACCGCUGUGCCACGGGAAAAUGGUGUGUCGAUUUGCCCAUUCGUAUGAGUUUUUGUUUGUGUAUGUGGGUAGAAGUAGGCCCCAGGAGGGCACGCGGGCGAGGCAGGAGACUACGGGACACUUUGUGGGAGCAUGUAGUACACGGGCAUGAUUACAUGCGUGCAAACACACACACACACACAACACACACACACAAACGCAUAUGUAGACGACAGGAUACACAUAAAAGCCAAUCCGUCUACACAGGAAGGAAACUAGACGGGCGUGUCAAAACACAACAAGCACUGUAAAAAAAUAUAGAUAUUUAACUAUUGUGUCACAUAAUUUUAGUUCAUAAUAUGUCACGUGACAUGCCGACAUUUUCAUUUCUCCAGCUCUUGGCUGCCAUGUCGACAGCUAAGACAACACCUGGACCGUGGCACGUUUCUUUCGCACGGGGAGUCACGCGCUGAAUUAAGGACCUCAGGAAACACCGCCGUCCGCCUCAGACGACGGCGCUGGCGAGUGCGCGCGAUCCAUGUUCGGCGCACGUUCCACUGCGAGACGCCAAAGGAGUUGUUUGACGGGACUGAGGCGUCAGAACACUCGGCAGCGCCGUCGUCUGAAAAGCUUGGAUGAAGGCCGCCGAUUUCAUUAAGUACGGAAUAAACCUUCCCUACGCUCUUGACCAAGAGUCAGAGAAAGUCACAAUUCACAAAUCCCCCUGAUCCCAGAAUUAUCUUCUUUUUUUUUUGUGUCACUCUCUCCUUUCUUUUUUCUGAAAACUCCACUUCACCUCCGUGCACUGGGCGAUACGCGCGCGGGGACGCCAUCCAGCAGACAAGUUGGGGUCUCAGUGGCUGCACUGAUGAAAAAUAAUUCUGAUGAAGUCUUUAAUUUUUGACCACAGUGUAGAGAGUGAAUGAGAGCUUAGUUCUAUUCCUCUCUCUGACCCCCCCCCCACUCCCCAUGUGUGUGUGUGUGUGUGUGUGUGUGUGUGUGUGUGUGUGUGUGUGGUAAUGGCUAACGGGGGGUAUCGUUAUGGGUCCGGAGUGAGCUGUUCACCCCGGUAACGUGAGCUGGAUUCGCAACCGAGCAGCUGUACGUCUCCAUCCCAGCGCUGGAUUCGGUUUUUAAUGAAUGUCGAUCAUGUGUUCUUUCAGUCCUCUCCUUCUGGCUUCGUCUCACAAGGCCGCUGACAUUGCGUCGGUGGUUUCUUCGUCGAAAGCGCCUGAGAGAUGCGACCGUGAGUGUAGCAUCAUUCAACGUGCAGAAGGGUACUUUACCCACAUCACAAAAACACAAUGUGUCGGAGAACGGCGUAGCCGCGUUUUGGAUUCCGCUGCCGUCUCGCGCGCUUUCGGGGUGCGCUCUCCGUACUGCAUUUUUGGGCAUUUUCAGGCAUCUGUGGAAUAGAGGCGAAUGGUUCUCCAUGCUCUCCUCGGGAGAGACGGGGUCUGGAGCAGACUGUCGCAGGGAGAGCUUUUUAAUAAGCGGCGACUUGCAUUUUGGGACGCGGGGCAUUUCCUUAUCGGACUCUGUGAUGAAGAUCUCCUCGUCCCCGAUGCAUAUCUUCCAUCACAUCAUUUGCAAAGCAUAGUAAAAAAAAAAAACUCCAUUUACUGUUUCAUUUAUAAGCUCUUCUCCAGCAUCUGUUUUUUUUUUUAGAUGUUCCAUCUGUAGAAUGUCACAUCAAUAUGGUGGCGAGUCCAAGGACGAUUUUGAGUCACGGGAACUUGUCAUUGUGUCGUUGCCAGAUGUGACAUAAUGUGAUUAAAAGUGAGGCAGGCAGAGGCUCUGGGGGGGGGGCAAACCCAUCUUCUUGACAUUCGGACGCGUUGCCGUGGUUACUCGGACUUAAAGGGAAAUUGGCAGACGUCGACUGCGAGCGUCUUUUACGUUGUGGACAAUGGCCUUAUCGGUGUCGUGGAAUGGUUCUCCUCGCGACUUCGGCUCGCACUGGAAAUUGUCCUUCGCGUAGCUCUACUGAACCAAACAUUUUUUAAAACAUAAUUAAAACAACGCGCGCGCCACUGAAGAGCAGGCUGCGCCGUAUUUACGAUCAGACCGAAAGAAGUGUUGUGAAUUCGCCGUGUGCACAGCCCACUCCUUCAGCCAUCUGCACAGGUUGUAUUGUGUGUGUGUGUGUGCGUGUUAGUUCUGUUAGACGUUAUGUGUCGCAUGUGGUUUAGACCCCUACUGUUCCUUCCCUCCCACCUCCCACACACAAUCUGUCAAUCCUUCCUGCCGUCUAAUAUUGAAGAAAUCCACUGCACAUGCGCACACACACACACACACACACACACACACACACUGGCAGACACUCAUCUGAGGCACUCAACACUGCUAAGGUAGAUUCUUGGAAGGCAUGGCGGUUCUCUGAAGUUCUCUGUGGGGGGGGGGGGGUCAUGAUGAAACACAAUGCAACUCCCUGUCAUGCGGCCGCGCGGGACGGAGCGGUCGGAGCGGCCUCCCGGUGCCGCGGCACGUUGGAGCCACACUGAACGUCUUCUUGUCGGUCCUCCAGUUCUCGGUACUAGCGUCCCUCUCUAACGCUCGCUCGCUCGCUCGCUUUCUCUUCUUCCUCGACGGCUGAAAUCUGUGCACGGCCGACCGUCGAUAUCGUGUUCCAUGGGUCUGCUUUGUUUUCGAAGGGACAACAGUGUGGCAGAGUCGACAACAGCUCAAUCUUUCUGUACAAAAUCGAUCUUGCGCUCCCCUCGUCCCUCCCGAGUCGCCCCGCAGGCACCGUGGUCUUGUCUUUCUCUCUGCCCCCCCCCCCCCCCGUCACCUCUUCUGCUCUCCUUCUUUAAUUUAUUGUGAAUUCAUUUCUGGGGUUGUCUCAGCCUCUCAGUCGCCGAUGAUACUUUUUCCUUUCCGUCUUCCUUUUUGUAUAAUUGAACCCGUUUAUUUGUGUUAAUUUUAGUCACUGCUAAUGUAACAAAACGCACUGUGAUGAUUCCAGUAUUAAUAAAAGUUGUACUUAAACUGUG